AUGUGCAUCUUUGAUGCCAGGGAUUUUGUUGUCUUACAUUUGUUAAGGAUAAUCAUACUUUCAGCAACACUGUCGUUGCUAACAUUUACGUCCGGAUCAACAGCUUCAUCUAGUGAAAACAGAUACUCACUGAAAGGUCUGAAUAGUGAAAGCUACGCUGAACUGGGAGAUAUAAACAUAGGGGCUUUCUUGAGUGUCACUACUUACCCUGUUGGGUUUAUAUGUAGUAAAGUUAUACGUACGGAAAUGUAUAUUUUACAGUAUAUGGAGGCUAUUGCUUUUGCUGUUAGGUUAAUUAAUGAUGAUCAAACUUUGUUACCAAAUAUUACAUUGGGAUUUGUGAUGCUGGAUUACUGCAGAACUCCGAAUACGGCACUCGCACAAGCCUUAUCUUUUCUGCCGAUAGAUGUUGUGGAAACAGACAGCACAACGUGUGGGGUACCAACUCCCGGACCAAGUGACGACAACCCGACUCUAGUGGCUAGAUCGAAUUUUACAUCGCUUCAAGAAACAACUUUAGGAUCGACGGUGUCUUCUAACUCAGUGUCACAGUACGAUGUGGUCGGAGUGUUAGGUCCACAAGGCAGCACUUCAACGGUUCCAGUGUCCAUUCUGUUUUCUGUGGCACAGAUCCCGAUAGUCAGUUAUAUGGCAACCAGCGAUGAACUCAGUUCCCCGCUUCUGCAUCCGUAUUUCUUACGAGUUGUGCCCCCUGACAAGCAUCAGGUUGUCGCCAUGUUGACUUUCAUCACGGAAAAGGGUUGGUCUUAUAUUUCGGUAAUUUAUGGGGAUAAUUCUUACGGCGACCGAGCAUACUAUAACAUCCGCCAACUAUCACCAGAGUACGGUAUCUGCAUUGCUACAGCUCACAGUGUAGACCUCAAAACUAAUUUCAACGACAUUCUUGACAAUCUUCUGAGGUAUAAAAACGCCAGAGUAGUGAUCCUCUUCAUAGAAACGGAUGCAACUUUAAAACUGAUGGCUGCAUGCGACCAGGCUGGAGUAAAGAACCACUUUAUAUGGAUCGGGAGUGACUCCAUUAGUGAUAAAACCCUAGUGCGGGGCCAGUACUGGGAUUACCUCCAUGGCGCCUUUACGUUUAUGUACUAUUCACAGAGGGUUUCCCAGUUUGAGACGUAUUUCUCAAAGUUACGCCCUGGUCAAACCACUAACCCUUGGUUUGACGCUUACUGGGAGUACCAAACCGGAUGUCAGUUCGCAGAAGGCAAUUGCCUGCUCCAGAGAAGCAUUCAGAACUUUGAAGAGCUCAAAGUAUCGUCUUCAGUAUCUCUAGUUAUUGACAGCGUGUUCACUUUUGGUUUUGCUAUUCAUAAACUCCUAAACGACAUCUGUCCCAGCAUUGUAGGACAGGAAGCUAGAGUUUGUAUCAAAGGCGACCAACUUUUAUCAUACAUGUUGAAUUUAACGUUUCAAGGAUUUACUGGCAAAAUUGCGUUUGAUGCCAAUGGCGAUUUAAUUGGUAAGUACGAGAUCCGCCAGAUGUCCUAUGAUAAUGAAAGUCUAGCAGACACAGACACAGACAGGAGAGGAAAUUUAUUGGAGAUCCCUAUUGCUUACUUUGAAUCAAAAAGUGGCACGAUUACAUAUACUGACCGGCCUAUCUUUUGGAAGCAUUUAAGCCUACCUUCGUCGGCUACUCAGCUGCCAUCAGAAGAGACUAACGAUGUGAUCCCAGAAUCUCUGUGCAGUAAGCCUUGUGCUGUGGGUGAGUUUAAGAUACAGAAAGAGCUACCCUGCUGCUGGGAAUGUCGCAAGUGUAGAGACAACGAAAGACUUGCCAACAAAAACACAAGCUGUGCUGCAUGUUUUAAAUUCACAUGGCCUGAUCCUAAAACUAAUUUCACAACAUGCACUCCAAUUCCCUUGACAUCCACAUCUAUCUCAGAUACCUUUUCCAUCAUCGUAGUCUGUAUUGCUGUUGUCGCCAUAGUGAGCCAGGGACUCACAGUCGUAACUUACCUUUAUUACCGAGAACAUCGAGUGAUCAAGGCAGCCAGCCGUGAACUCAGCAUCCUACAGAUGGUUGCCAUCUUUGUUGGUUACGUGACCGUUAUCUUACUGCAGAUGACACCCACAAACUCUGUCUGUGCUGUGAUUUACUUCAUGUUCUGUCUCAGCUUCACCUGGCUGUACUCGCCGAUGAUCGUCAAGGCUGUGAGGAUAUACCGGAUCUUCUCCAACAGCUCCAAGAGCAACAGACGGCCACGAUUCGUCAGCCCCCAGUCUCAGUUAGUUAUGGCUGGGCUUCUGAUUGUCGUACAGGUCUGUUUGUGCGUUGCCACUUACGUCCUGUACCGUCCAGCGGCCAAACUGACACAGCCCAUCCAAGUGGAAAAAUUCGUGGAACUGUCAUGUGACAUGACUCUCCCAGGUCUGGCCUCGUUUCUGACCUACAAUUUAUUUCUGGUGUCCUUGUGCUCUGUCUUAGCAUUUAAAACCCGCAAACUGCCAGACAAUUUCAACGAAUCGCGGUUCACCUCCAUGUGUGUGUCCACUACAAUGGUCAUCUGGCUCGCUUUUGUCCCCACCUACUUCACAGCCAGUCGGGAACACAUUCGGGUUCUCUUGCUGUCAGCGGCGUUGCUGAUAAACCAUUCGGUGGCUCUGGUGUUUCUUUUCUGCCCUAAACUAUACGCCGCUGUUUACGUCACUUCCGACACCGUGGCCGUCAGCAGAUUUCACACCAACAACGGCUCAUCUAUGACGACACAAAUUCCUGUAGUGUCCAACAGAGUAGCGCCAGCAAAUGUGGACUCGUAG